GGAGGCUCCGUGGAGAGAAGAGGCAGCCCGCACACCUCCGGCGGCGGAGGGGCGUCCGGGGCGGGGCCGGGCGGGCCCGGGGCGAGCCGUGCUCGCCGGAAGGCGGGGCGCGGAGCGGCCGCGGGCGGCGGCGCUGGUGGGGCUGACCGGCUCCUGUUUGCUUGGCUUCAGUCUCCGUCUCCGAGCUCCCGAGCCCCAAUGAGGAGCAUCUCUGCGCUGCCGGACUGACGCCUGGCCGCCCGCCCCGCAGACGAGGAGGAGCGCUGCCCCGCGGCGGAGAGCGCGGCACCCCUGAUCGCGGGCCGCCCCUGCACCGCCCUCCCCGACGGGGGCUCGUCUGCCGCCUGCGGGGUGGGCGGCGCGGCGCGGCGGGCGGCAGUGACAGCGCGGCGGCGGCGAGGCCGGGGGAGCGCCGCCGCCGAAGACCAUGAGGAAAUUUAACAUCAGGAAGGUGCUGGACGGCCUGACAGCGGUCUCCGCUGUCGCCUCGGCGUCGUCCACCGCGCAACAGCAGCAGGCGGGGAACCGGGAGACUGAAAUCCAGGAGACUCUCCAGUCCGAGCACUUCCAGCUCUGCAAGACUGUCCGCCAUGGUUUCCCCUAUCAACCUUCAGCUUUGGCGUUUGAUCCUGUUCAGAAAAUACUGGCCAUUGGGACGCAGACUGGCGCACUAAGGCUCUUUGGUCGGCCAGGAGUUGAAUGUUACUGCCAACACGAGAGUGGAGCUGCAGUAAUCCAGCUUCAGUUCCUGAUUAAUGAGGGAGCUCUUGUGAGUGCCUUGGCUGAUGAUACCUUACACCUGUGGAACUUACGUCAGAAGAGACCUGCUAUACUUCAUUCGCUCAAAUUUAACCGAGAACGGAUAACGUUUUGUCAUCUGCCUUUCCAAAGUAAAUGGCUCUACGUGGGAACCGAAAGAGGAAACAUUCACAUUGUCAAUGUGGAGUCAUUUACUCUCUCAGGCUAUGUCAUCAUGUGGAAUAAAGCCAUUGAACUGUCAUCCAAAUCUCACCCAGGACCUGUUGUCCACAUUAGCGACAAUCCAAUGGAUGAAGGAAAGCUUCUGAUUGGCUUUGAGUCUGGAACAGUGGUAUUAUGGGAUCUGAAGUCCAAGAAGGCAGACUACAGAUACACACAUGAUGAGGCUAUCCACUCUGUGGCUUGGCAUCAUGAAGGAAAACAAUUUGUUUGUAGUCACUCAGAUGGUACCUUGACCAUAUGGAAUGUAAAAUCUCCUACCAAACCAUUCCAGACGAUCACUCCGCAUGGAAAGCAGUUGAAGGAUGGAAAGAAGCCAGAACCCUGCAAGCCUAUUCUUAAGGUGGAAUAUAAAACAACUAGAGCUGGAGAGCCUUUCAUCAUUCUCUCAGGAGGCUUGUCGUAUGACACUGUAGGAAGAAGGCCGUGUUUAACAGUUAUGCAUGGGAAAAGUACUGCAGUGCUAGAAAUGGAUUAUUCAAUUGUUGAUUUUCUAACCCUCUGUGAAACACCAUAUCCUAAUGACUUCCAAGAACCAUAUGCUGUAGUUGUUCUCCUAGAAAAGGACUUAGUACUGAUUGACCUUGCACAAAAUGGGUACCCUAUAUUUGAGAAUCCCUAUCCUUUGACUAUUCAUGAAUCUCCAGUUACCUGUUGUGAAUAUUUUGCUGAUUGCCCUGUGGACCUCAUACCUGCACUCUAUUCAGUUGGCGCUCGACAGAAACGUCAAGGUUACAGUAAGAAGGAAUGGCCUAUCAGUGGAGGCAACUGGGGUUUGAUCACUCAGAGUUAUCCAGAGAUAAUUAUUACAGGGCAUGCUGAUGGGUCAAUCAAGUUUUGGGAUGCCUCAGCAAUAACGCUGCAAGUACUCUACAAGCUAAAAACAGCCAAAGUAUUUGAAAAAUCACGGAAUAAAGAUGACAGGCCAAACACAGAUAUAGUAGAUGAAGAUCCCUAUGCUAUUCAGAUCAUCUCAUGGUGUCCAGAAAGUAGAAUGCUGUGUAUAGCUGGAGUUUCUGCACAUGUGAUUAUUUACAGGUUCAGCAAACAGGAAGUGACAACCGAAGUCAUUCCGAUGCUGGAAGUACGUCUGUUAUAUGAAAUAAAUGAUGUUGAAUCUCCAGAUGGGGAACAGGUGCCACCUUUACCAACUCCAGGGACAGGUUCCAAUCCUCAGUCCAUUGUUCCUCAGUCUCAUCCAUCUACUAGUAGCAGUUCAUCUGAUGGACUUCGUGAUAAUGUCCCAUGUUUAAAAGUUAAAAAUUCUCCUCUCAAGCAGUCUCCAGGAUACCAAAUUGAGCUAGUUAUCCAGCUAGUGUGGGUGAGUGGAGAGCCACCUCAGCAGAUAACUAGCUUGGCAGUCAACUCAGCAUACGGCCUAGUAGUUUUUGGAAACUGCAAUGGUAUUGCCAUGGUUGAUUACCUCCAGAAGACAGUGCUCUUGAAUCUAGGCACUAUUGAACUGUAUGGCUCCAAUGACCCUUAUCGCAGGGAGCCACGAUCUCCCCGAAAAUCUCGACAACCGUCUGGAGGUAUGCUGACUGUGGCUUCUUGCAUGUGCAGCCUUUCUAUCUUAUAUUCAGAGUCUAUGAGAAAGCUUCGCACCUCUUACAUAACAGGUCUUUGUGAUAUUAAUGAAGGUACAGUGGUGCCAGAAGACCGCUGCAAAUCGCCUACUUCAGCAAAGAUGUCCAGGAAGCUAAGUUUGCCAACUGAGUUAAAGCCUGAUUUAGAUGUCAAAGACAACUCUUUCAGUCGGUCCCGGAGUUCUAGUGUAACUAGCAUUGACAAAGAGUCACGAGAGGCAAUUUCAGCUCUUCAUUUCUGUGAGACUUUCACAAGAAAGACUGAUACGUCGCCUUCCCCAUGCCUGUGGGUUGGAACCACACUGGGUACAGUGCUUGUCAUUGUAUUGAAUUUACCCCCAGGAGGAGAGCAAAGACUUCUUCAGCCAGUAAUUGUUUCUCCUAGUGGAACCAUCCUAAGGCUUAAAGGGGCUAUCUUGAGAAUGGCUUUUCUGGAUACUACAGGAUCUUUGGUUCCACCAGCACAUGAGCCCUGGAGAGAACACAAUGUUCCUGAAGAUAAAGAUGAAAAAGAUAAGUCGAAAAAGCGAAGACCUGUCUCAGUGUCUCCCUCUUCUUCUCAGGAAAUCAGUGAAAACCAGUAUGCAGUGAUAUGCUCAGAAAAGCAAGCAAAAGUUAUCUCACUGCCAUCCCAGAACUGUAUUUAUAAGCAAAACAUAACAGAGACUUCUUUUGUUCUUCGUGGAGACAUAGUGUCAUUGAGUAAUAGUAUCUGCCUUGCAUGUUUCUGUGCCAAUGGACAUAUUAUGACUUUUAGUUUGCCAAGUUUAAGGCCGUUGCUGGAUGUAUAUUAUCUGCCGCUGACCAAUAUGCGGAUAGCCAGAACAUUCUGCUUCACCAAUAACGGACAAGCACUCUAUCUUGUCUCACCAACUGAAAUACAGAGGCUCACUUACAGUCAAGAAACGUGUGAAAAUCUUCAGGAAAUGUUAGGUGAGCUCUUCACUCCUGUAGAAACACCAGAAGCACCGAACAGGGGGUUCUUUAAAGGACUGUUUGGAGGUGGGGCACAAUCACUUGACAGAGAAGAACUCUUUGGGGAAUCGGCAUCUGGGAAGGCAUCAAGGAGUCUGGCUCAGCAUAUUCCUGGUCCUGGGGGUAUUGAAGGUGUCAAAGGAGCAGCAUCCGGUGUAGUUGGUGAACUGGCACGAGCCCGGUUGGCCCUAGAUGAAAGAGGACAGAAACUAGGAGAACUGGAAGAAAAAACUGCAGCUAUGCUUUACAGUGCUGACUCUUUCUCUAAACAUGCUCAUGAGAUGAUGCUGAAGUACAAAGACAAGAAGUGGUACCAAUUCUGAUGCUGCUCAUCAAUUACAUCUGUUUUAAUUUUGUCCUGAUGGAAAAAAUACUUUUCAUUAAUUUUGGCAGGACCACUGAAAUUUAAAGGAGUAUUCACCAUUGAAUACUGUUGUUUCCUAGCACAAAUCACACACUUUUACCUCAGUCGUGGCUUUAACUGAGGAGCUUUAUAUUUAAAAGAAAAAACACACAGAAAAACCAAACUUGAGUGGUUUUGUAGCUAUUGGUUAGCUGACAGUGGUUACAGAAGGUAAACUAGAAUAUGUGGAAAAAAGGGCAAAGGAAAAACGUGGUGUGAGAUGGACAGGGGCAAUGCAGGGUCAAUCUUGUGUUAAUAUUUCAUAUGCCAAAAGUUUUUCUGCUAUUGUAAUUGCUGCCAGUGUUAUACCCUCCUGUGAGGAGAGGCAAUAAAUCAGGAGUCCAAGAGCUGGAAUAAAGAUGUUUGUCUUGCUGGAUGGUAGCUGACUUACACUUAUCUUCUCUAGGACUCACUAUAUUUACCAUUAUUGUUGAAGAGUUGAAGUCUACUGUCACUUCUUUCAUCAGAAGAGCUUGGAAGCUUGCAAGAUAUCUUGUUGAAAAUUGUAUACAUAGUUGACCUGUGCAUAGUCUUUUCUUGGACCCCUGAUCUAGUAUUCCUGUAUUCAUAUUCAGUGAAGUGCAAACCAAGACUAUACAAUUUUUGCAUUAAAGUCAAGUGAAUAAUAUGACUGGAAUGUGUCAAGCUGGGAGUUUUCAUUCGUGUCAUAGCUGUGCAAUGUGAAAAGUGGUUAACACUUUCAUUGUGGUAACAGUACUUCAACUUCUGUUGAGUUAAAUAUUUUUUGCCAAAGCCAGUUACUGGUUCAAUUUAUAUAACAUUUAGUAUUGGCUGUGAGUUCCAUUCAUGCUGUGACUUCUAUAAAUGUUUAACAGAAUGUAUCUACAGCUGUUAAUUAAAAUAGCUGAGACAGUUUUCCUCAAAACUUAAUUUUGAGAUGCCCCUUUAUCUGAUUUCAUAGUAAAGGACUGAUCUUGGCCUCAGGUUUUCAAACAGUUUUACACUCUGUGCAGGUGCUGAUGCAUGAAUAAUGGCAAGCAUCUAAUAUUUAGUAGUUAUCAGUAUAGUCUUGAGCAAAUUUCUGAAUCCUGCUAGUAGAGCUAUUUUACAAGUACUUAUCUCAGGCCCACCCAGCACUAAAGGCAAUUGGCCUGAAGUUUGGAUUUAGUCUCUAAAGCAGUGUUUUCAACAUGGGCCCUGGUAAGUGUUCACUUGGUGAACUAAUUAGUGAAAUAAUGCUCAGUUUGGGUAAGGUAAACAAUAUAGCUGAGCAGCUGCACUAGAGCUCUAACAGUGGAAAUUAUCAGUGCCCUUUUAAAAAGAUAAUUCCUUAAAUAAAUCUUUGCAUUUCAAAAGUUUAUUUAUACUCUUUUCCUUAGAGCAAGAACAGUUACUGACUGGAUUUGUUUUAUGAAAGGGAGCACUUAGGAGCUGGUAGCUCUGCAUUGUCUGAAAUUAGUCAUUCGAGUUUGCUUUUCCAAGCAUGUUUGGGGUUUUUUCACACACUUUCUGAAUGUUCCCAAAGCAAAACCGUGGUUAUAUUUGUGUUGUAAAGUGAUGCAAAUAAGGCAACCUUACAAAACACUUCAAAGGAUGCCAAAUACUGAAGUUAACCAAUGAUUCAUGAUCAAUGUUUUGGUGGUUUGGGUUUUCUUCAAAUGAAAUGCAAAUAUGUUUGGUCUUUACAGCACAAAUUGAAACAUUUUCUGAUUAUAAGCAUAGUGUCAUUUAACUACAUAGUACAAGUGAAGUCUGUUGCCAGACAUGUCCACCACUCAAAGAGCAGGACAAUUUGAACAAGCAUCAUUAUGAUUUCUUAAGGGUUCCGUCUCAUACCUACUGAGGCAAUGUACAGCUACUCACCACACAGUUUUUGCUCUCUACAUGGUUAAUUUUAAGUGUAAUUAAUGCAAAUCUAAAUUAUCACUAUUGCAAUAAAAAUCCAGAUAGGAGAAAACUAGGUGAACAACGGUCCAUUUCCAAAAAUAAAACACCCUAGCUGACACUUGUCACCUUCAUUCUCUUGCAUUUGAGUUGACUGGUUUAACAUUUGACCUGGCGAAGAUUAGACUAUGUUUCAGAGCAAGAGAAUCCGGGAAAAUGAGUCUGGUCAGGUUCUAGGGGAGAGGAUGGUAAAAGUACUGUCCAGAAAACCGUAUCAGUUCAAUGGAAGAUGACCUUGCUUUGAAAGCAAAGCGAACUGAACUUUCUCAAGAAACGUUUGACAACCACCAGCAAGCAAAAAAAUAAGAGGCAAUGAGAGACCAUCUGCCAGUUCAAGAAGAGUAGUGGUUUAUUUGGUAUUGCAGAAUUUGUCACAGUAGAAUCCUUUUUUCUCUUGCAUAUGUUCAGAACAUGCUUCUAUAGUUGAAAACUAAUUGAGUGAUUGCUCAUGAGAUGAAUACACAAAUGGGGUUUGGUCAAUAAAAGGGGCUAUGUACAACUUCAGUCUAAAAUGUUCCUUUUUCCUUCUGUCUGGAAGGAAGUAGAUCAUGCACACAUCGUUCCAUCAUAUUUUGCUAUUGGUGCACCUUUUGUACAGCAAUGUAUAUUGAAAUCUGGGGAGGGAAGUACCCCUUCUUGUUUUGAGGGUUUUGCCAGGGUUUUAGUUGUGUGACUUUUUUUUUUCAGUGUCUGGAAAACUAUAAAACUUUUUUCAUUCUUUCUGAUGGAAGUGUAAGAAACUGCUGCUACCUGUCUGUUUAUACGUAGUGUGUCUCAUUAGGAACUGUAAACUGAAGAAGCUUUUCUUCACUUUUAGUCCUGCCAAACUGUAACUUUUGAAUGUCAAUAUGUGUAAAUGUGUGUAUUCCAAAUAAGUCUGAAAGUGUUACACCACAGGCAUCUCCGGUUAUUUGUUCUUCAGCAAAUGGUCAGUUAUGAAAUAUAGUAGUAUAUAGCUGUGUUCCUUGUCUGUCUUUAUGCAAAGAUAUUUUGCCUGAGGUGAUACUUGCACGGCAAGUUAAUUUGGAAAGCUACAUCCAAAAGAGGGUUUUUGGAAGCAAGUUCAUUUCCUUUUUGCCUUUUUGUUUCCCUUUUCUUCUCCAUGGUAACUUCAAGGGUUUGUUUUGGUUGCAUUUUGUUGUUUGGGGUCUUUUUGUUGGUGG